AUGGCAUACCAAUAUCCCCCGCCGCCUCCGAACGGCACCGACAUGGACAUGCCGCCAUCCGGUUACUUGCCUAGCUAUUCCGUAGCGCCCCAUGCGCCGUCAGGAAUGGACCCGGAUUCAAGCAUUCCGAGAGAGCGUUCCGAAUUGAGACGGUCGAUAUCGACGCCGGUCGUCGGGCCACCGCAGGCACAUUCGCAGCAGCCCCCUCAGCAAGGAGGUGCCCCGGGGCAGGACUCUGCCGCCGAGAGAAGGAGAAACAAGUUGGGAUACCAUCGAACGUCUGUUGCAUGCGGCCACUGCCGUCGGCGGAAGAUCAGAUGUGUCCCGUCGCAAAACGAUGUUCAGGGGCGCUGCAUAAACUGCAUACGCCUGAAGAAGGAAUGCAGCUUCUAUCCCGUUGACCAACAACCACCCGUGGACACGAGACAGAAGUCGGGAUCGCGAUCUUCGGUUGGCCCAAAGGUCACCUCUGCCUCCUCUUCGCCAUCAAUGCAACCUGGAAUCCCAUCCGACAUUCACGGGCAGCAGCCCUAUCCUCAGUUGGCGAUGCCGCCCAUCCAAAACAUGGCCCCCCCCAUGAAGCCGUCCGGAAGCGAGAGCCAUCCCUCUGACUCCAAAUCUUCAAGCAACCGUGCGUAUGAAUUCGGGCAGCAUGGGAUGUCCAAUUGGAUGUCGGCGGACGCGAGUCCCAACUCCUCCAAGCCGAGCGACAUGAACGCGACUUGGAGAUCGUAUCCGGGCGAUUCCCCAGUCACCCCAGCAUUUUCUCCUUACACACCACAUGCGGCGACACCGUCAGUGGCAUGGUCGGCCUCGGUCGGGUCCGACUCAUCCUCAAGGGAUGACAUUGCUUGGUCGACAUAUCCCGCACCGCCUCCCCGGUCGAUGUCUUUUGGUGCCGAGAGCAUGAGCGGCCAUCCCCACUACCCUUCGAUGUCGCAACCUAGCAGUCAUUCAAGUCGCGGGUACGAUCGCAAGUCGAGCUCUGUAUCAGCCGAUAUGUACCCCCCGCCUAUCGCAACAACUAUUCCUGGGAUCGAGACGGUACCGGGUACGACAUUAGACCCAAAUGUUUCGCUGUCAGCGGGCGCCGUACCCCCAUCGAGCUAUUCUUCGUGGCAACAGUCGUACUCGUACUCAAAGCCCGGCGAGGGCUAUGGCGGAUGGUAUGGGGAGGCAGGAGAUCAGCACUCGUCAGGGCAGCACCACUCCUCGAACGUUUAUUAUGGGCGGUAG